GAUGUAUAAAUGUUUCGAACACCUCAGCUCCAUGAUUGACUGCGUUUCUGCUUAAAGAGAAUAUUUAGAUUUAGAGAGUCAACUCCUCACCACACCCCUUGAAAAUGCGAGUUGCUCUAUGAAUAUAAAUGCUACCGGCAAAAGCUAUACAUGUAUAGUGUUUAUACCGCAGCUCUGAUCCCGUCUCGGAUCCCUGCAUAUGCACUGUACUAUACAAUAGUCGCCGUGUAUUGUGCGUGAUUAUACAGUACUUGUAUGCACUAGCCUUUUCCUGAUAACUCUUCGACCUACUAUGUACGGGUCUUCGGUUGUUUUUUCUUAAUCGCGGCCUUCAAUGUACAUGUAGGUACAGAUAUAUUUUCUCUGGGCAAGCUGAUGACUGGCUGUACUUGUACGAGAGAGAAUCAUAACAGAUAAUGAUCACUUCAUGACGAUGUCUGAAUCAGACGAAGACGAUUCCGUCAUCGUGGUCGACAACGGAUCGGGAUCAAUCAAAGCAGGGUUCGCGGGGGACGACGCACCACGAUGUGUAUUCCCAGCGAUGAUCGGACGCCCCAAAUACCAGAGACUCGUGCCUCAUUCGAUGUUCACUAGAGAUCAUUUUGUCGGGGACGAGGCUCAGAGAAUGAGGGGUCUGCUCAGUCUGAGAUACCCCAUCGAGCACGGCAUCGUCACGAACUGGGACGAUAUGGAGAAGAUCUGGCAUCAUACUUUCUACAAAGAGCUCCGCACCGACCCCGCCGAGUGCCCAGUCCUUUUCACCGAUGUCCCCGAGAGUACAAAGGCUGGUCGAGAAAAAACGACUCAGAUUAUGUUCGAGAAGUUUGGCGCCAAAGCGUUCCACAUCUGCACACAGGGCGUCUUGUCCCACUGCGCGUCGGGGCGCACGAUGGCUGUCAUGGUGGACAUCGGCGACGGGGUCAUCAGUGUCGUGCCGAUAUCGGAAGGCUACAUCAUCACCCCGGCCAUCCACCAGGUCAACUUCGGUGGCCGCGACCUCACUCAAAUCAUGAUGAAGAUGUUGAAUGAUAGGGGCUAUUCCUUCGUGACGACGGCUGAAAGAGAAAUUGUCCGGGAGAUCAAGGAAAAUCUUUGCUACGUUGCGCUGGAAUUUGAUACAGAGACGCUCGGGUCAGCCGCAACGACUAAAACCUAUACGCUCCCGGAUCUUCAUGAGAUCACCCUCGGCAACGAGCUCUUCCGCGUUCCAGAAAUCCUCUUCCAACCCUCUCUCGCUGAUUUCGACCACGCCAGCAUUCAGCAACUCGUCUACGAUACCCUCAUGAAAUGCGACAUCGAUCUCCGGCUGAACCUCUACUGCAAUAUCAUCCUCGUCGGGGGCUCCACGAUGUUUCCUGGACUCCAGGAAAGACUCCAGAAAGAACUGUCCACCAUGUUGCCGUCGAAGGCAAGGUGUAGGGUUAUUGCCCCGCCGGAAAGGAAGUAUUCGGUCUGGAUCGGAGGGUCCAUCCUCGGCUCACUCACUACUUUCAAGGAGGUUUGGAUAACGAAGGCGGAGUAUGAAGAACACGGACCGAGUGUCGUACAUGAGAAAUGUACAAACUAGCAGAACUUGUUGUUCAAACCACAUGGGGUACUUUACACCAGUGUUGAAUCCUAGCACUUUGCAAACCGGUGUUAUUACAUCACAUACUGUUAGUGAUUUUUUAACACUGGUGUUUGGUGUUUUGUUCAAACCUCAUGGGAGUAUCUUUAACAUCUGAUGGUCAGGGGUAUGUAGUCCUCUCGGAAGACAUUCUAGAUUUUGGAAGAGUAUAAUACACUCCCUACAGUGACUACAGUGAUAAUAAAUAGUUGACACUGUAAGAGAAGUGUCCCCCAUUCUUGAUCAAAAUCUCAUUUCGUAGGAGUACCAUUUAUACAAACUUUGUCAGGGAUUGAUCUUUAUUGCACCAUCAAUAAGUUUCAUUGUCGAAAUACCCCCAAUUUUCCUUUUGUACAUUAUUUUCUACGACCUCACUUACAUAGAAAUAUAUAUAUUAAGAAUAAAUUUUGAUACAAAAUAUUCUUUUGCG